AUAUGACGUUAUCGAUGUUGUUUUCUCAGCUUUGAGAUGAGACCGUCUGCGAAGGGAAUCAACGGAGUACUAGUAAGUUACGACUACGAAUUAAUGCCGGGGAUUAUUAUCAACAGCAAAUUUGUGGACAAUGGAUGCUGCAGGGCCAUUCUUCCUGUGCAGUUGUUGUGGGACUCAAUUCCCAUCAGCCCUACAACUCUCCCAGCACUGUGCCACACAUCAUCAAAUCUUUGAGCUCUCUCCAUUCAUCAGCGUUGGGAGUAUAUUACCAACAGGACUGGGGGCAAUCCCUCAAGUUCAACCAGCUCAUCUUUAUGAACCUAUUGAACAACAUCCAACCACUAGGAAAUCCAGUGGCCAUGAUUUUACUCUGACACAGCUGCAGACUGUGAACACAUCUUCACAAGGUUACCCAGUUGCUUCUUCUACACACCACUGGCAACCAGGGGAAGACACACACAGGAAGAGUAAUAAACUACCAGUCUUGUCCACGAAUCUUCCUGAAGAGCUGGGAUCAGAGUGUAGUGCCAGAUCGGGAGCUACCCAAUCAACAAUACCAAUCGCAUUGAACCAGUGCCAAGAGCGUGAAGAGGCCCAAAGCAAAAUUAAGUAUACUCUUGCGAAUCUAACUCCAACAUCAGAAGCUCAUGUGAAAUGGGCUUCAAGUUUUUCUUCAGAUAAGGAUGGAAAUCAUAGCAUGCAAACUGUUAGUCAAGUUGAAAGCCAGCUCUACUCCAUUGGUAACAAAACACCAACAACUACAAAUGAAGCAAGAAUGAUGCAGACACACAUUGGGGGACCAACUGCAGCUCCUGGCACAUUUUCUGUCAUUCAAAGCAAUCGAUGCGGCCCAACGGGACAAAAAGAUCAUACAGAAAAGGAGAGUUCAAGAUUACAGAAACCAAUAUUGAGCUCAGUUUCAGUGGUGUCUACAUUUACCAAAGACACUGAAGGAGGAAGCAUGAAUCGCCCUGGAAGUUUGUUACGACUAUGUUCCUCGACAGUCCCUGUCCUUCCUUUACACAUGCAACAGUCUUUUCUGCCCACCCACACCUUUCCCAUGAGUGUCAUGACUGCUGUAGGUGUGACCCAAACAGAAUCUGUCUUCAAGCCAACCAAACCAUCCAGAGGGCAGGGACCAAGACCGUUCUCCUGUCCAACCUGUCUGAAGACAUUCACCCUCAAGUGUAACCUACAGCAACAUGAGAUUUAUGCUCAUUCUGAUGACAGACCUUAUGCCUGCUCAAAGUGUGAUAGAUCUUUCAAGCUGAAAGGCCAUCUCAAAGAACAUGAACACAAUGCCCACAGUGAGGAGAGACCUUUCAAGUGUUCACAGUGUGAGAAAACCUUCAAACAAAAAAGUCAUCUUAAAGGUCACAUGUCGAUCCAUGAUGGGGCCAAACCACACCGGUGCGAGACCUGCGGUCUUGUCUUCCGCCAGAAACAGCACCUGAAGCGGCACGUCCUCACCCACACCGGCAAACGCCUCUUCUCCUGUCCUCACUGCCCUUCCACAUUCAACAUCAGCAGCGACCUGAAGCGCCACAACCGCAUCCACACUGGGGAGAGGCCAUUCCACUGCACACACUGUGGGAAAGGCUUUUCCCGGAAACAGGCUGUCAGGAUACACGAGCGGAUUCAUCAGAAACCCUUCACUUGCCAGAGGUGUAAUAAGAGCUUCAGAGACCUGCAGGCGCUGUCAGAACAUGAGAAGAAACAUGUAAAGACGUUGUCGCAUGACUGUAGAGAAUGUGAUCAACGGUUCAGCCUCUUCAUGGAGCUCAAAGAUCACAUGAAGAUACAUAGAGGAAAAAACAUGGUUGCAAAGAAAAGGAAGACUACUAUGCAGAAGGGUCUGUCUGCAAGACCAACUCUCAGGAUGACAAGGCAGAGAGCAGCAGCAGCAUCAGAUGCAGCUUAUAGGAAAAUAAAAGCAAAGCCUUCAAGAUCUGCAAAGAUAGUGCAAGCUCCAACUGACGAGAUGCUUUCCUGCCAUGUUUGUCACAGGAGAUUCCAGAAGCAGUGUUAUGUGUUGCGCCAUGAGCUGAAGUGCCAUGGCAUACAGCAUCAUCUGUAUCAUUGCAAAGAAUGUGGAGAAAUCUUCACUGGACGGAAUGCCUUCAUGACCCAUGCCCGGGAGCAUAAGGACCCUGAGAGAUUCAGGUGUGACCAAUGCAGCAGUGGCUUUAGGUACGAGUCUCAGCUUCAUCGGCACCUGGACACUGCCCACGGUGUGAAGCCCUUCUCCUGUAAGGUCUGCUCAAAGACUUUCACACUAAAAAAGUCCAUCUUAGAGCAUAGUAAAACAUGUACCAAAGAAAAUACUUUAACCUGUGAGCUUUGCAAGGAUGUCUUCAAGCGAAUGGUGUCUUUACUCCGGCACAAGGUCAGAGUUCAUGGUCUGCGACCGUAUACAUGUUCCAUCUGUGAAAGAGGCUUCGCGAACAAGGGAACACUCGAGCGGCACACCGUAACUCACAGUAGUGACCGUCCUCACCAAUGCCAGUACUGUUCAAAGACCUUCAAGGAGAAGCGCCAAGUUGACCAACACGAGAAGGUCCACAGAGGUGAAAGGCCAUUCCAGUGUUUCCAGUGUGGACUUUCCUUCCAUCGUAUGGCAUACCUGGAGCGCCAUGAGGCCAUUCAUACGGGAGAGAAGCGGUUUCAGUGUCCUCAUUGCCCAACAGCAUUCUACAUGGGCCAUGACCUUAAGAGGCAUCUAAGGAUCCAUACAGGAGAAAAGCCAUUUACCUGCAAGAUAUGUAGGAAAUCAUUCAGAAGAAAAGCAGCUGUUGUCUACCAUGAGAAGCAAGUUCACAUGAGGAAGUUCCAGUGCAGCUACUGUUCAAGGAAGUUCUUCACCAAGACUGAACUAGAUGGACAUACUGUCAUACACCUGGGUACUCUGCCGCCGCCUCCUAUUCCUCCUCCUCUUCAGACUCAACAAGACAAAUCAGAUGAAGCAAAUCAUCUUACCAGAGAGUCUGGAGAAGUUCCACCAGCUCUUGUUGGAUUGCAUGUUAAUGUUGAAGGUGAACAUUUAGUGUCAAACCUUGCUCCAUCAUCGGACACUGGUGCAAUACAAAUAACUGGAUUCAGUCGCAUCGAUGUGACUAAUACUAGUCAUGGAUCGCAUGAUGGCUCAGAUACCUGUAAUACUCCCCAUCAGCCCUCUCACAUCCCACCCAGCCAGAGUGAAACAUCAGUCCCUGAUAGCAGUCAAACAUCAGCCCACAGUGCUCCAUCCGAUGGAAGUGAUGUCACAUUUUUCCUGUGUAACUCCUGCGGCAUCUUAUUUCCCAGUGCACUCAUGCUAGCCAGACAUACCCAGCUCCUGCACAACCCAUCCAUUACCAUUAAUAGUCCUGCUGAUAAACAAGAUCCCACCAAGAGAAGGGAUAAGAACAAUAGGAGUAAGGGCAAGGAGAAGGGGAAAUUUGAGGUUAUGGGGGAUGCAAAAAAACAUCAAAUUUGUGCAGAAUGUGGAGAAGAGUACACAAGUGAUUUGAAAGCCCAUGUCCAUGAAUGCCUUGAUCCUAGUAGCAUACCCAUAUCCCCUGGACCAGAGGUUGUUGAAGAACCAGGAUCUGAUUAUGAGGACCAGGACCCUGUGGGGACCGAUGGACCCCAUACGGAGAAGGAUGCAUCUCUGUAUUACUGUGGAGAGUGUGGCAAGGGCUUCAAGAAGAUCAGCAGCCGCAACGUCCAUCAGAGAAUCCACACAGGUGAUAAGCCGUUUGUGUGUAAGACUUGCAACAAGGCGUUCUCUGUAAGGAGCAAUCUAAAGCAACAUGAAAUAGCAAAGCACACAGAUGAAAGACCUUAUAAUUGUACAAAGUGCAGUGCCAGGUUUAAACAGCGUAGCCACUUAAAGUCUCAUGAGCAGAUCCAUGAAGGCAUUAAGAAAUAUGAAUGUCCUAUCUGCAAUCAGAAGUUCAGACAGCCAUCGCAUCUGCAGAGGCAUAAGCUUGUUCAUGAUGGGAUCAAACAGUACAAGUGUGAACACUGCCCCUCUGCAUUCAAUCUGGCCAGCGACUUACAGCGUCAUUCUUUGAUCCACGCUGGAGUCAAGCCAUUCCCCUGUGAUCAGUGUGAGAAGCGUUUCAGACGGAAGUUUCAGCUGAAAGUCCACCGGCAGACUCAUUCCGGGGAGCUACCCCUCCAGUGUCCGCAUUGCAGGAAAGCCUUCCUGGACAAGAAGUGCUUUGAGAGCCAUGUAUCUGCACAUGAAGGGAAGACCCUUCACAAUUGCGAUGCCUGCGGGAAGUCCUUUAGCACUGACUAUGUCCUGAAGCGCCAUUCCUGUAAACAGAAAUCUGCAGGAUGUUUAAGGUGUGAACAGUGCGCAAAGUCUUUCAAAUGCAAGGACUCUCUUGAUAAACACAGAUGCAGAAGAAGAAUAACAGACUCCUGACCAGAGAUCAUUCUUGGGUUUACACCAAGCGAAUCAGAUGGAUCUGUACAACCCAGUCCCAGUGGCAGUCAAUUACUUGUCGUCAUGGUGUUCUACAGUCAGAGGAGCAUAUUGUUUAAUUCAGGUCAGUGAGUUGAUCCAAUCCAGCAAAUGUAUCAGCAUACAGCAUCUGAAUGAAAUUCCUGGAAAGGCCUCUGUAAAAAAGAACAUCUCAUCAUCGGCAUCCGUACAGUCUUUAACGCCAUCGCAGAUCUGAUCAUCUGUAACGCAAUACUUCUCUCCAUGACAUCGAAGGAAGCCGGGACAGGAAUAGGUUUCUGUUAUCAGCAAGAGACAUAGGCUUGCCCAAAUAGUCAAGACUAGAGGUAACAUGUUCUGGUUCUCCCAUAGAAGUAUAUGUCUACAUUUUCCUGGGGUGGUUUCCAGUCUAUUGGACCUAGCAUUAACCAUGGGAUAUUGAAGGACUGGAAGUGGCUUCAACAAGAGACAGCUAUGGGAUAUAUUCACCUGACAACCUACCAAAUACACCCAAGAUCUACAGUACCAUUGAAGACCAAGACCAGAGAUAUUUUGAGACCUUGAAAUUACCAUGGAAAUAUAUGAACAGAUGUCAUGUCCUUGUAGUGGACUGAUGGGAUGGCUAUAGAAUGAGCUUGGAUUUGGAAACAAGAAAAGUUUCUCACCUAUUUCACACAAGGAUCCACGCAAUAUAACGCUCUGGCAUUCAUACUGUGUCCACUGAAACCUGGCAAGACCAUCCAGUGCCACACAGUAUUCCAUAGUACUGGCAGGCAGGUCAAAGAGGAACUGUUCAUAGAUGACAGGAGUGCCAUCAUCCCACAUCCAAUCUUCAUUGCCAACUUUUGAUGCCCCUAUCGUCAACUGUGUCUUACUCUUGAAUAUUAAGUCAGUAAGUCGAUCUGAUAGAAUUUCCUGGAUGUCCGAUGACUUGAUCAUAGCUCGCCGGCUGUCCUCUGCAAAGAUAUCACUACAUGCAUCUUCAGCAUUGCUGCUGACAGACCCGUAACAUUUCCCAUUGUAGAUCAACCCCUUCUCCGAAGAACAUACCCUACCAGUACCUGUAGGGUUGGUGAAGACAUUGGUGUAAACAACUGGCUUCAUUUAAUCUUUAUUGCACCAUUAUGGAAUUAUAAAAUGUAUUAUAGAAAUUUAUUCACAUUGUCCUGCACUCAACCCAGGUGAGGUGAAAGGGUACCUGGCAGGAUUAAUUCCUUGAAUUCACCAAGUGCCUUUAGCAGCUGCAGCUACAGCCAGGGUAAUAUAAAGUGUGCCAAUGAAUAUGGAACUAGAUAAUCGGCGCCUUGUAAGUGCUAUAUAAGACUAUUAUUAUUAUUAGGCUUCAACUUUGUUGUAUCAUUACAAGAUAUCAGCCCUAUUUAUCUGCUGUUUAUGUCAAGAAUGGAUAAAUAAUAUUUCUUCAGAGGGAUGUUAAGUAUGUGACCUGUAGCACUUGUCUAAUAAGGCCAUUUAAUAAAAAUAUCAAAUUGUAUUACAUUUUUACCAAGAUUGUUAAAACUGUAAUCUAUGAAUGUGAAAGAAAUGAUCUGGUCUUUUGUCACACUCGGAGUGAGACCUUUUGGUGUGCGAUUUGCAUCUUUUAAGAGUAGAAAUUACUUCUUUCUGGAUCGAACGUGUCUAAAGAGAUGCGCAUUUCACUCUAUAAGGAGCUAUAAUGCACUCUAUUAGGAUGUACAGUUCAAUCAAAAGGGAUUAGUACCUAGUAUCACGCAGAGAUGACUGUGAUUAUAGACUGGAUUAGCACUUUUGCAAUCAGAGUUUCAUAGACCUAGAUCAGCUAGAAGGCAAAAACUACCUACCUAUCAAUGGGCAGCCAAUGAUCUCAACUCGCAUUCUUAUCUUCGCACUGUGCCAUUCAUAAGGCAUAAUGCGGACACGUUGAGUGAUGAUUGGUCGAUCAAGGGUAUUCCUCACUUCAGUAUUCUGAUCACUGUUUCCAGGUAAAAUCUAGAAUUAGACAUUUUGAAAUACAACAAGUACAUGUACAACAAAAACAAAACAUAGUUUCCAUGGUAGAAUCUAGUUUCCAUACACACAUGCUGAAAAAUAAUAAUUGGAUCUACUGAACAAGGAAAAAAAACUUCAUCCUUCCUCGUCUGUCGGUUUAUUUACAAAAAAAGUUCUCUCCUUCAAAAGCAUUAUAAAUGCUUAGUGAUUCAUGUUGAUAAAAAGUACUCUGUAUUGAAGCAAUGUUGAUAGCAAAUGCCUUAAAUUAACACUCAUGUUUUAGUGAAAAUUAACUACCUGCUAUUGUUUUAAUAAAACCUUGGUGUUCAAUCAUCACCUCGAGUUGCUAAGAGAAUAAUAUAUAAUGCGAUGCUAAUUUUAUAUGACAAUUUUCUAGGGUAACAAUGAUACAAAACUAUGUGAUUGCGUUUAUAUACUCCAGUGAGGAAACAAUAAGAAAAUGGUCGUAGUAUUUUCAGUAUGUUGAAAAAUAUUAGGAUGACCAUAUCAGACUUGAUGAAUUGAACCGCAAUGAACUUGUCAUUCAUAUGAUAUUGCAAAAUGAGGUAAUACUUAAUUCCUUUUGAAUGUGAAGGAUGAAAAGCCUUUUCAAAGGUGCAUUACCUUUUCAUUUCCCUCAAUAUCUUUGUAGAAAAUCCAUGUCUCGGACCCAUUUAUACUAUGCUUGCUCCAGUAGGCUAGUCGGUAUGAGGUGACCCAACUCAAUUGAUUCUUAACACCUGCUCCUUGGGUUAUGAUGCCAGUGAUGGUGUGGAGAUCUGAUAAGUCAAUCUAAAGGUACGAAAAAAAGAUACCUUUGAAUUGAUUAAUAAAACAUACUUAUUUCCUUAUAUCUGACUUUGAGAGUUGUUUUUCCUGUCUUUCUUUCUGAUUGGUUGAAAGUGGACCAUAGAGACGUGUAUUAAAUGAUCUAAGAAACUAUGAGGCAAUCCAGUCCCUGAAAGAUCAUUUGGAGUAAAUCAAGAAAAUCCAUCAAAUGUUUUUGUGUUUGUCCAUUUGGAUUUGUCUAGUUUUUCUUAUUUAUUUCUUGCACUUAUUGGAAUCCUUGGACAAAACUUACACACAAGAUGAACUGUUGUGUAAGUAACAAUUCAUAAUGUUUACCUCAAUUUGCCAAGAGGUGCAAUUGGGUUGUUUUUUAUUCAUUAUUUAGUGUGGAAACAAUUAAAAUGCAACUUAUCAAACGUUCAUUAAUUUUUGUGAUUGCUGGUGAAGACAACAGACCAGAGUAUGGCCAAAUUGUAUUUCAUGCGGGAUUCUAAAGCAGUGGUAUUACCUGUAGCCACUCAUUCCUGGCAAGGAAACCCCUUGCACCCCAAUAUGGACGCCUUUCUAAUGGAGAUAGUGCACUUUCUUCUAUAUGCAGACGACCGUUGUGUCCUGGUGAAGCAAAAUAGAAUGUGCUAGCUGUAAUGGCUUCGUUGGGUAUUCCACCCAACUCCAUUCCAAGUCUGUUGUUACAAACUGAUGAAAGCAAAAAGAAAUAGAAACGGGUGUUCAAAAUAAAGCUCAGUGUAUGUGAGGUGUUAUGUGGAUUAAAGAUAUGUUCGUCAUUUGAUUUCUGACAGACUGAGCCAACAAUCUAAAUAACAUGUUUAUUAUAUUAUACUCAUACUUG